ACAAAGCUCCAUGUGCACGAGCUGAAAACAACGACGCGGAGAAAGUUUGUUCUCUGUCUUGUUUGUGAUGGAAAAACUAUGAAAACAUAAAUCUGGGUGAGGUGGCGUUGAACGUAAAACCGCUUUGUUUGAUUUAUGGGCUAAAACGUCGAAUCUCCCGCGUGGAAAACAAAUUAAUAAGAGACGAAGGAGAAAAAAAAGAGACGAAGAAGAAGAAGAAGAAGAAGAAGAAACCCGGCGUUUAAAAUUUAAAGUCCAGAAGAGCUGCAGGAGAAAGACUGUGUUUUAAAGGAUGCUUCUUUGCUCUUCUGCAGUGUGAAGUACAAAAAAGGAAACGGGAGUAAGGAGAAGAUGGAUCAACAAAGGAGAGAGGAAGAGGAAGAGAGGUUGGAUGGACUGGAGGAGAGAGAAGGAGGAGAGAAGGACAGAACACUAAGAACUCCAUCCAGGAGGAGAGAAGAGGAGGAAGAGGAGGAGGAGGAGGAGGAGGAGGAAGAGGAGAUAGGGAUGAGAAAGGCAGGCGCCAAAGACAAACCACGAAGGGAGCUGAUUGGUCGACACACUCCGAUCUCCGCCUCCUCCUCCUUCACCUCCUCUCCCCUCCUCUCCUCCUCUCUCUGCCGAGGAAGAGGAGGAGAGGAGGAUGGCGAGGAAGACGAGGUCAGAGUCGCCAUAGUCACAAUCGAGGACGAGUCCUGUCCGUCUGAGCCUUUCGGGACCGCCCACCUGGAAACGGCCUAUCGGAUCACACGCAUAGUUGACAGAGGAGACAAAAAGGAGGAGAAGGAAGGAGAGAUCGAAGGAAUGGAGGAGGAUGAAGGGGAGGAGGUGAACAGUGAUGACAGAGAGGAGGAUGCAGAGGUGACGGCACCGUCGCUUCACCUGCAGAGCCAGAUGAAGAGGAAGUUGGAUCACGGUCCAGACGGCCGGCCGUUCCCUUCAGGGAAGAAGCACUGCAAAGGCAACACACACCUGAGUCCUGCCAGUCUGAUUCAGGCCACGCCCACCACGUUCGGAGACCUGCGGCUGGCCAAUGGGCAUUCGGCUCAGCGGCGGCGCGUCACCUCCGGCCCGCCCCCCUCUGGCCUGCAGGACUGGCUUCUUACCUUCCAGACGUGGAGCGGCCCUGAGAGGCUGUUGGCUCUGGACGAGUUGAUUGACAGGUGCGAGACCAGUCAGGUGAAGCACAUGAUGCAGGUCAUCGAGCCCCAGUUCCAGAGAGACUUCAUAUCCCUGCUGCCCAAAGAGUUAGCUCUGUACGUGUUGACCUUCCUGGCUCCCAGAGACCUGCUGCAGGCUGCUCAGACCUGCAGGUACUGGAGGAUCCUGGCAGAGGACAACCUGCUGUGGAGGGAGAAGUGCCGCGAGGAAGGUGUAUCAGAGUCUGCGUCGUCUCGUCGCAGGAAGUGCGUGCGGCCGGGCGUCGCUGUCAGUCCGUGGAAAUCGGCCUACAUAAGACAACACCGUAUAGAGAACAACUGGAGGAAGGGAGACACACGAGAACCCGCGGUGUUGAAAGGUCACGAUGAUCAUGUGAUCACGUGUCUACAGCUCAGCGGCGACCUGAUUGUCAGCGGCUCCGACGACAACACGCUCAAAGUCUGGUCCGCCAUCACCGGCAAGUGUCUGCGGACGUUGACGGGUCACUCCGGCGGCGUGUGGUGCAGUCAGAUGGCGGUCGCCACGGUGAUCAGCGGCUCCACCGACCGGACGUUGCGUGUGUGGGACGCCGAGACGGGCGAGUGUGUCCACACGCUGUAUGGACACACGUCCACUGUGCGCUGCAUGCAUCUUCACGGCAACCGGGUGGUGUCGGGCUCUCGGGACACGACGCUGCGAGUGUGGGACGUGUCGACGGGCCGCUGCGAGCACGUGCUGACGGGCCACGUGGCGGCGGUGCGCUGCGUCCAGUACGACGGGCGCCGCGUGGUGUCGGGCGGCUACGACUACAUGGUGAAGGUGUGGGACCCCGAGACGGAGGCGUGUCUGCACACACUGCAGGGACACACCAACAGAGUGUACUCGCUGCAGUUUGAUGGCGCGUUUGUGGUGAGCGGCUCGUUGGACACUUCUAUCAGAGUCUGGGACGCAGAGACAGGUGGGUGUGUCCACACGCUGACGGGCCACCAAUCGCUGACCAGCGGCAUGGAGCUGCGUGACAACAUCCUGGUGUCCGGCAACGCCGACUCAACCGUCCGAGUGUGGGACGUCAGGACGGGACAGUGUCUCCACACACUGCAAGGUCCCAAUAAGCACCAGUCGGCCGUGACUUGCCUGCAGUUCUGCCGAGGUCUGGUCCUGUCCAGCUCCGACGACGGGACGGUUAAACUGUGGGACCUGAAGACCGGGGCCUGGCUGAGAGACGUGGUGGCCCUGCAGAGCCGGGGAUCAGGUGGAGUUGUGUGGCGAAUCAGAGCGUCCGACACUCGGCUGGUGUGCGCCGCCGGCAGCAGGAACGGGACGGAGGAAACCAAACUGCUGGUGCUGGACUUCGACCUGGACGACAAGAAGAAAGAGACGGACUGAGAAGAAGGACAGAGUGAUGUCAUCAGAGACAAGAGGACAGAAAUGACGAUGCCAGACUUUUUUCUUUUUUUUUACCAAUGUCAUGGCGACGUCCAGUUUCUCCAACAGUCCGACAUGAAUGUUACAACAUAUCCUGAUAAACGGACACAUUAAAGAGGACAGACGGGCGGACAGAUGGACAAACUUAAAUCUGGAUGCUCGCUGUGAAUGAUAAGAUAAAUAAAGAUAAGAGUUUAAGGUUAAUAAAUAAAAUGGCUGCGCUGACACGGACGGCGCCAAAUGGACCGUACAAAAUGGCUUCCAACGUGGCGGCCUCGGCCUGGCGGGAGCUGUGGCGACAGAAGAAUGCUUUUGACCCCUUGACGGACAGAAACAUGGAUGUUAAUGUUUUCCGCGAUGGUGGUCGAAUUUAACUGACGGAGGAUGCAACGACGAGGGCAUUGACUUUUCUUUGCUGCUGAACCAAUGAGGAGGUCAACGACGCUAUUUAAACAAACCAACAUGCAACAUGCUCGGGCAACAUGCAACGGGCAACAUGCUCAACAUGAAUGUGAAGACAGUAAUCAGAAAUCAGUCCGUAUUGUUUUUCAUACCAGCAGCCAUUUUCAGUUGGCUUGUUUUUUGUUUAGUUGCCGGUGAAACUUCCCGUCUCUGUUGCCUCUAAAUGUACUUUGUGUGUUUCGGCCCUGCAGUACUGUAACAUAUGGAGUGUUUGGAGCUGUACAAGAGCCGGUGACGGCGCAGGAAACGUCAACUCAGCGGGUGAAACCGUGAAUGUUUGGGAAUAAAAGUUUCCCAUUAGGCAGAGAGGGAGGACUAAACUGUAUAAUCCAGCCACCGCCAGAGUCUCACAUCUCUAAAGAGAGUCCAAACAAUCCCUCACUUUCAGUCAAGCUUUACAGACGACCUUUUUUAUAGUAAAAAACAUUAUUUUAAAGGCAGAGGAGGAUUAUUUUUACUACUCCAAGCUGCUUGUCACCUCUGUAAAAGUUUACUGCACGCUAAAUCACUCACAGACCCACACGACUCUGUGAGUUAUAGUGCAGUUUUGCUCAUAAUAUGUCACAAAUCCUCAGUAUUCCUGCCAAAAGUGAAGUUAAAUGCAGAACAAUGUGUUUAAAAGUACAGACGGCACAGACGACUCCUUGGUUCUGCCUUUUUCACAGACGGCCUUUUGAUGUCACAGCAGGAAACGCACAGGUGGAAAUUAUGACAUGAAUGAUGGCUGAAUACCAUGUAGCUGCUUAAGUUACACUUGAAUAUAACGGAGACAGUGUUAAUGUCAUCAGUAACGCUUGUGUCCAUCAGAUCUGUAACUGAACACUAAAGACUCGACUAGUUUCAAUCAGUAAUCAAAUGUUGUCGUUUAAAAGGUGUUAGAUUGUUCGGCUAAAUGUAAAAUAACAUUUAUCAAAAUGUAAAACAACUAGUCGUUUGCUAUAAAACUGCUUCAUGUUUUAUUUUCCUACAAUCUUUAGUGAAAAUCAACUGAACACUGAACUGAAUCUGUGAGAAAAGCAGGUUUAAGGAACCGCCCUUACUCUUAAACCUGCUUUUAAAAAUAUUUUUACUUAUUCACUCACUUUUUCCGCAUAUUUCUGUUACACGUUUUUGCUCAUUAUUUAACUCCGUAUACUCAAUAUUCAGAAAGACUACAGAAACAACCGGAGGAACCAAACUACUUAUACAGAAAGUCUUAGGAAGCGUAGAAAGGCCAUUGAAUCUAACCACUUGUGACAUUUAAUCUCUACUUAACAUUUAAAUGUUGAAAUGUAAAUACCACUUAAUUUAAAGAAUGUUUAACUUUGAAAAACAUCUGAAUUUAUGUGAUUUGUGAAUUUCAAAAUGUAACUUUGUAAAAUUGCAGAACAAUUGCAAACAUUAUUAUUUUUUGGUUAUGGGGUUAUUUUUCACAAUUAAAUAUAAUAUUGUAAUUAUUUUGGCCUUUCUGUGCUUCCAUAGAAGAUUUUUUUUCUGUUCUAAGCUGUUUUUUUUCUUCAUGUGUCUCCAAAGAGUCACUCCUCAUGUUUUCCAGCUUGUGAAAUAUAAAAGAAAAAAGAUAAAUAAUUUAAAACAGCUCCUUCUACCAGAUAUUAAUCCGAUAAACUGUCGUUGCCCGGCAACAACUCCAGCCAAUAAGCAGAGGUUUGGGUGAUAUUUCCCCCAGCAACAGGUGGUAUUUUAGGCGGUGAUUUUUCCUGUAAACUUGACCUUUGCAGGUGUGAGGCUCUGCAGAGGCGUCCUGAUCACAUUAUCAUGUAAAAUACUGUAAAUACAAAGAGGAUGUAAAUAUUCAGCUUUUUAUAAGAAGAAAAUAUUGUUCUUGAUGGGAAGAGAAGAGGAGGGAGGGGAUGAAUUAUGGAUCAAUAAAGAUGAGU